AUGGCCAGUGGCUUGCGGAUUCUGGUGCCCAUCAAACGGGUGAUCGACUAUGCGGUCAAACCGCGGAUCAACAAGGCCCAAACCGGAGUCGAAACAGCCGGCGUCAAGCACUCUCUGAAUCCUUUCGAUGAGCUCUCCGUCGAAGAAGCUGUUAGUCUGCGCGAGCGCGAGAGUAAAGGCAAGAGUCCGAUGAAGGUUGAAAAUAUCCUCGCUCUCUCCGCAGGCGGAGCCAAAUGCGGCGAUACCCUCCGCACAGCCAUGGCCAUGGGCGCCGACCGGGCGUUCCAUAUCGACGUGCCGGAAAGCAACGAUGGGGGCCUGGAGCCUUUGACCGUAGCCAAGAUGUUGAAGGAGGUGGUCAAAAAAGAGAACAUCAACCUGGUGCUGCUAGGGAAGCAAGCGAUUGACGGCGACCAGGGCCAGACCGGUCAGAUGCUGGCGGGUCUCCUGGGUUGGCCUCAGGCGACUCAGGCCAGCAAGGUGGAUGUGAAGGAUGACAAGGGCAUGAUCGAGGUCACCCACGAGGUGGAUGGCGGUAUCGAGACACUGCGGACUCAGCUGCCGAUGGUGAUCACCACGGACCUACGGUUGAAUGAGCCUCGGUAUGCCACCCUGCCCAACAUCAUGAAGGCCAAGAAGAAGCCAUUGCAGAAGAUGACUCUGGCCGACUUGGGUGUUGAGGACAAGAGACGGUUGAAGACAUUAAAGGUGACUGAACCCCCGGCCCGACAGGGUGGCGGUAAGGUCGAGGAUGUGGAUGGACUGGUCUCGAAGCUAAAGGAAUUGGGAGCUCUGUGA